AUUAAACGAGACUCCAGUAUUCAGCCUGUUCUAUAUUCACAAUGACGAUUAUAAAAGCCGUGUGAUGCGUGAUGAGAUCAAUCAGUAGCCAUCCAGCAUCCACGAUGAGAGUUCUGGUUCUAUCAGCCAUCUUCGCCUGCGCGGCCGCAGCCCCCUCCUACUUGGCCCAAGUGCCGCUCCAACCACUAGUGGCUCAGGCGGUACAUGUACCGGCUAUUUCAGCUGUACCGGCUGUACCGGUAUCAGCUGACGAUCUGCAGGCGGCUGCUAUUAACGCUCAGGUAAAAGCCGAAGACCACGCCCGCUCGAUCGCCGACAAAGCCAGAGAACUAGCCGAGCAAGCCGUCGAGAACCAACAAGAGGGCAUCAUCGAAGGCACAGAUCUCGCCAAGGAGAGGAGCGAGGAAGCUUUCUGGGCCGCUGAAGACCAAAAAUGGCAAGCGAUAGACGCCGCGCAAACCGCUCAGGCAGCCAUCGGUGGAGCUCUUGCUAGCAACGAUGCACUUAGGGCCGGAUUCGCCUACACGCCUGGUGUAGCACCUGGUGUCGCUAACCUCGCCGCCUACACGCCUGGUGUAGCACCUGGUGUCGCUAACCUCGCCGGCUACACGCCUCGUGUAGCACCUGGUGUCGCUAACCUCGUCGAAUCCACGCCUGGUGUAGCACCUGGUGUCGCUAACCUCGCCGCCUACACGCCUGGUGUAGCACCUGGUGUCGCUAACCUCGCCGCCUACACGCCUGGUGUAGCACCUGGUGUCGCUAACCUCGCCGCCUACACGCCUGGUGUAGCACCUGGUGUCGCUAACCUCGCCGGCUACACGCCUCGUGUAGCACCUGGUGUCGCUAACCUCGUCGAAUCCACGCCUGGUGUAGCACCUGGUGUCGCUAACCUCGCCGCCUACACGCCUGGUGUAGCACCUGGUGUCGCUAACCUCGAAGCGGUCGCCGCACCUCAAGCCGCUGUAGCAAGCUAUAAAACCAACGAUGCUAGCGCAAAUGCACAACCAACAGAAGCUAACAGCGAAUCAGGUGUAAAAUCCGCAGUCGCUGAAUCGGAUUACGCCGGGAAACCACAGGAAGCCGCCCCUGUAGAUAAUAAGGGAUCCGAUGACAUUAAUGCCCCUAGCGUGAAAUCCGCUGACAUGAAAUCCGCUGAAGUGAAAUCCGUUGUCGCUGAAUCCGCCGAAGUUCAGGCGCAGCCAGCUGACCAGGUUGCCCAAGAAUCGCCCGAGGCUAAGAAGGUAGAAUUCCAAGCUUUCAACUCUGUGGUCCACCCCGUGCCGGUUGGCGUGGCUCCAUUCAGCUACCAGUCAAUCGUUCCCAAUGCUGCGUACGCGCAGAUCGGUCUGCGGUCCCUCCCCGUGGGCGCCGUGGCCGCAUUCCCGCACUACCAAACCCCCUUCUACACACCAACCGUCUUCAAAACUAUCUACUAAACAUGCUAAUAAAUGCUAGUUAGAUUU